CGCCGCGCGAGGCUGCUGCGCCGCGACGCGAUCUAACGUUCGUCUGCCUCGCGAUCCACGUGCUCGUCCCGUCUCGUCGCGCGCACCACGGAGAACCGAAGGCAAAGGACAAAAGUGAGCAGUUCGCGUUGUGGAGCGAGAAAGCCAGUGCUCGAUCGUUCGCCUCGCUCGCCUCCUUCGAGAGGGUUGCAAAGUAGACGUUACACCUACGCGCGCGCGUAAGAUUGAAAGUUAUUUCGAAAUGACACGUCGGCGCGAACGACGUGGAUUGAUCCGAUCUUAUUUCGUUCCUCGCGAGCGUUUGGAUAUGUGAAAUAGGCAAAGCGAGAGCUUUCGUCCGCUCUUCCCAGCUCGCCCCCUCCCCUUCCCCUUCUACCUCGAUCGGGGGUACCGAAAAGAGCGGGAAAGGAUCGAUCGCGCCGCAAUUGUAUCGACGCACAUAGCCAAUCGAGCGAUCACGCCCGCGGCGGAUUCGCUUCGGCCGAUCGUGUCGGAUGACUCGUGACGCGCGGGAGAGCUCUUUUCCUCGCGUUAUGUCACGAGGAGCCGAGCAGCUGCCCUUUCCGACGAGCGGGCGUUAAUGAUCGCCGAUGACGCUCCGAGAAAAAGAGCGCGAAUACGCGAGCGCUAAUUAGCCGACGACGAUGUAACGUCUGCGCGUGUGCUCGAAUCCGCGCGCUAUUUAUACGUGGAAGAGCUCGUGGUCCGAGGAGUAGGCAGCGGCAGUCGUGAAAACGAAGAGGCGCGCGUCGGAUAAUCCAUAAAGACGAGGCGACUCGGCUGGACCGAGGCUCGCAUCGCCUCGGGGGUUAUCUUUCCCGCGGAAGGGCUGCCACGUGGCGCUCGUCUUCCGCUUCCCCGGCCGGCGCAGGCGAUCGCCUCGCGAGCGGGCUUCGACUUUUGACGGGUGCCUGCGCUGGGCCAGCGGCGCGUUAAUUGCCCACGUUGAUAUAUAAUUCAGUGACGGCGCGACGCUCGGCGGAGCCGCGUUCAGAGCAGUGAGUACACGGCGGCAGGGGCGAAGCUGGAAGACGCGGAUGGUCGAUUGGCAGGGAUGUCGGACUCGCCGAAGCCGAAGCCGGAGAAGCGUAAACUGCCGCCGAGACCGAGGAUCCAGCUGCCAGUGCCGGGUCAGUACGUGCCGCGGUCGUAUCCGCACACGCCGUCGAGCUACGUCAGCGGCUCCUAUGGCCAGUCAGCGUCGAUGCCGAUGACGCCGAUGACCGGGCAACCGACCGCCGUCGUUUACACCGACAAGACCAACGAGUUUUUCACGCACCUCAAGGGCAUCAAGAAUUGGACCAAGUCGGGCUUGAGCGUCGGCGAGAAAAGCGCUUUCUGGCUCUACGAGAAGGUCAGCUCCUGGAGCAAAAGAUGGUUCACGCACAUCUUCCUGUUCUUCGUGCUGUUCUUAUACAGCAUACUAGGGGCUUUCCUCUUCAUGUACGUGGAGAGAACCAACGAGCGGAUUGUCAUGGAGGACAUUAUGUCCGAGAGCUUUUUGAACAGGUGAAAAAUUCUUCUUUAACCUGGCGAUGUACAAUGGAGAAAACGUCCGUAUGGUGCG